GCGUCGGACUCUGAUAUGGACGGCGACAAGCCUGAGUGAUAUUUCAUUUGUUACUGUACUUUUAUUACUACUUAUUCUCCUUGACGCCUUGCUUUAUUGCAUAACCCUUGAUCCAUCCGUUUUCCUCGUUGACGAUAACACGUAGAACAAAGCAUGGGUCGCGCCGUAACGGGCGCUCUUUCAAGUUAUGGUUAUGACAGAUCGCAUCUUAUUCUUAUUGUCACAGAACAUGGUCAUUCUCGAAGCUGUCUUUUCAUGGUCGCAGGUCGAACAGACGCCCAGUGGAAAUACUUCGCGUUGAUGGUCUGUAACAUUGGGCGCAAGUGUCGGAUAUGACUAGCAUUCCAGGUUUGCCUCACUGCAAUAUGCAAUGAGCUUCGCUCACAUUUCGGGACCGAGGCAUCCUCGCCU